AAAGUAGUUUCCGUUUAAAACCAAGUCAUUCCAUAGAAAAGGACAGCAAGGAGCCACCACAACAGAACCUUUUUCAGUCUUUUGAUUCCUAUCAAUCACCUUCCUCUUCUUCUUCUUCUCUUUAGUGUAAAAACCCUUUCUUUACUUCUCUCUGCUGACGCUACUUGCCGUGAGCUCAGAGGCAGCUACAACCCCACUCGGUUCAGGCGGUACUCGUUUUCGAUUAACUGUCCGCGAUCCUCAACUUGGGAAGUUUUGUCACUGUCAUAAAAAGAAAAAUUAAAGCCGCGAUCUUUUCUUUUUUAUUUGAUUGUUUUCAUGGAGAAUUCAGCGAUUGCCAAGGAAAAUUAUCUCAAUGGGAAUCAUCUUCACUCCUUUUCUUCUGUCUCUGCUUCUAUUAGACAUGUUAGCUACAGCUGUGGCACUUGUGGAUAUGAGUUGAACUUAAGCUCCUCCAAUCGAAACACCUCUACCAUUGGCUCAAAAUAUGGGAAAUCCAUAAAACGAGGGAUCAUCUCAUUCUUUGACAUUGAUGAGAGCAGAUUUACUCAAGCUGAAGAAUUCCAGUGCAUUCCCUACUUUUCGAAGAGCAGCUGGGGCUUUUUCCGCCGGAGAACCAAACUUCUUUGUCGUAAAUGUGGUAAUUAUAUAGGAAUUGCUUAUGAGGAUGAAACUUCAGCUUAUCCGCUUGUAUCAGAUGGUUCAGAUUCAUCCUCAGUCAAUGAAUCCAAACGUAGAAAAUAUGAUAUUAAAAUCCGUGCCUUACAGCCUUCAUCAGUUGAUCGGUGUGGCACUCCACUUUAUAUGUGAUGCCUGGGAUCAAGCCUUCAAUAAUAUUGAUGGGUAUCAGUAACCAAAAUAACUACAGCAAAAGUUUUCUUGUGAUAUAUUCAUUUUAUACAUGCUUUCAGUUCACUUUCACCUUUUUGUUUGUGUAUUCACCCUCAUUUGUUAGAUUAUUGAUAAGUUGGUGACUUGUACAGAGCAGUAUUGGAAACUGAAUUACAAGCAUUGUGGAGUCUGCAAGGAAGUUGAGAACACUUUUCAGAUUUUAUUGUAGAAUGAUAGCGUGAUAUCUUGAAUUGAGUUAAAUGAAUGAGUAAAUGUGGGAGAACAUCAGCUUGUCUGCUUUGUUUCGUA